AUGAAAAACAAAUAAAUAAAUAUCUUAAAUACUAAUUAGUUUGAUUAAAAAAUUGACUCUUCAUUGAAAAGAAAGAAAUCAUUCAUUUUUGAAACAGCUAGAGGAAUCAAAAGGAUAAAGAGAAUAUUUGUUUAAGCUAAUGCUGUGCAUAAGAAAGAACAAUAACUUAUAACCAUUGAAGAUAGGAUAAAUUAUAAGUUGUAUUUAUCAUACAUAUAAUUUAUAUUAUUAGUAUAGAAACAUUAGAAAAAAAUAAAUUUUUAAUUGUUUGAAAAAUAUUUAUUUUUUUAUUAUCAACCCCAUAUAUAAAUAAACUUAUCUUAACAUGUGCUUAUCAUUUUAUUUUUACCAAAUUUAGCUAUAUGUAAUACAAAAUUUUAGUGA